UUUUUAGCGGAAGAUUAAUUACAGUUAGGGUGGUGGCUCGAAAAAGAUAUUUGCAUGUUAUAAUGCACAUACAUUUGAACUGUUCAAAGCUGUUUUGUUUAAAGAAGGCUGCAGCUCUGGAUGUUUGGACCAAACCAAUACUGCCGAAAGGAAGUUUGGCUGUGGCCGUUGUGAAUGGGAAUAACAAAGGCGUGCCGCGAAAAGCUGUGAUUCAGUUGAAAGAACUUGGAUUAACCAACCCAUCAGGGUAUAAUGUGACAGAGACCUUUGACGGAACAGCUUUAGGAUUGUUUAGACCCCUUGAUAAAUUAACUGUUGAGGCCAAUCCCUCUGGUAUUUAUCUUUUCACUGCUGUACCCAUUAACACUGGUGCCAAAACUAUAAUAGUAUAAUAAAUUACUCAUCAGAGGUUUUUUAAAUUUUUAUGUCAUAGUAU